AUGCCUUUUUUUCUGCAGAAACUCCUGCUGGGAAUUCCUCUGGCAUGUCUAGCUAGUGGCCAUGCCAUCACUGAUUCUCUCGGCUCGAACUAUAAGAUCGAUGUUCAUUCCCAUGUCGUUCCAUCAAUUUGGAAGGAGGAAUUGAUCUCUGCAGGCUUCCCAGUCAAGAAUGGUACUUUGUAUACAGAUGGCUUCCCUGUCCCAGAUUGGACCCUGGAUACACACAUUAGCACCAUGGACAGCCUUGGGGUUAAUUAUUCGACAAUCAGUGUCAGCGCCCCUGGCGUCUUCUUCCUAAAAGAGGCCCGAAAGGCCAAAUCCUUAGCCCGCAGAAUCAACCUCCUGCUUCAUGGAUACACUCGAACCUAUCCAACGCGACUUGGAGCCCUCUGCCUUCUCCCUCUCCCUUACGUCGACGAGGCGGUUGAGGAGCUGAAGUUCUGCCUGGAUACUCUCAAGUUUGUCGGCGUGGGGCUGUACACCAACGCCAAUGGCACGUAUCUGGGCGACAAAACCCUUGACCCUAUCUUCUCGGCCUUGCACAAACGCAAUGCUAGUGUGUUUGUCCACCCAGCCUCCCCGGACUGCACAUCUGUCGCCAAUGGCUGGCCCAUCCCGAUGACCGAGUAUCCUUUCGAUACUGUGCGCGCCAUUGAGAACAUGCUGCUGACGGGUCAACGCGCGCAAUAUCCGGACAUCAAGAUGAUCUUUGCCCACGGUGGUGGCGCAAUCCCAUUCCUGGCCACCCGAAUCGCCGGAAUGGCCUCCCUUCCCUGGUUGGGUGGACUGUCAGUCGUUGAAUCCCUGGCGCAACUUGCCGGCUAUUAUUUUGAUACCGCUGCCUCGACUUCUGCUAUUCAGCUGACGGCGCUGAAGAGCUUUAUUGGCACGGAUCAGAUUGUGACUGGAAGUGACUAUCCGUACGUCCCUGUCUCGCAGGCAUCGGCAGGAUUAUCUGCGAUCAAGGGUAAUGGUAAGUUUACCACGGUGGAGAUGGGCCAGAUCAAUAAUCUGAAUGCCUUGACGAUCUUCCCGCGGAUUAUCAAAGCUUUGAAGCUCCAUUGA